AUGGUUCCCGGAGCUGACGGUUCGGUUAUUUUCCUGUAUUGUUUUCAGGGAGAGGUGGUCCACUGGCUGGCCUGUGCUCUGUAUGCCGCCUGCAGGAAAGGCUCCACUCCCACAGUGGGGAAAGGCCUGAUGGAGGGAAACUGCGUCUCCCUCACCAGGAUCCUCCGCUGCGCCAAGUUAAGUCUCAUCCAGUUCUUCUCCAAGAUGCGGAAGUGGGCCGACAUGUCCAGCCUGUCGCAGGACUUCCGGCUGAGGAUGGACCGGCUGGAGCGUAACUUCGAGGUCUCCACCGUGAUCUUUCGCAAGUUCGAGCCCAUCUUCAGCGACCUGUUUGCGAAUCCGCAGGGAAGCGAGGCGCCACGGCAGCCGCGCAGCAGGAAGCACAGGCGGCUGCCGUGUCACAUCAGUGAUGUGUUCAAGUUCUGCUGGACCCUGUUUGUCUACACCAAAGGUAACUUCCGAAUGAUCGGCGAUGACCUGGUGAACUCGUACCACCUGCUGCUCUGCUGCCUGGACCUGGUGUUCGGGAACGCUCUACUCUGUGCAAACAGGAAGGACCUGAUCAACCCGGCCUUCAGAGGUGACGACUGCGCAGAAUCUAGCCCGGUCAUAAGUCACUGUAUUGUGUUUGUUUUUAUAUUUUCUAUAUAUAUGUUUAAAGGAGAUAAAACCCUUUUUAUAAAGAAAGGCUGCAGGGAGAAGCUGAUCAGUGGUACAGAAAAUGGUAAAAACUCUGAUUCUCUCCGACUGUCUCAGUCCGGCUCUCUCGCCCCGUCCACUCCUCUUACCGGGCGAGUCUACCUGAAGGAGAAGGACCUGCUUUUCACGCCCGUCUCUUCAGCAACGCAGAGCGUCAGCCGGCUGCAGAGCAUGGUGGCCGGUCUGCGGACGGCUCCCAGCGAAAAUCUGAUGCAAAUCUUUAAGUCUUGUUCCAGAAGUCCCACAGAGUCCAUUCUGACUCGAGUGAAAACUCUGGGACAAACCUUCAAAGAACAUUACACCAACGACUCUGACGACACGCCGGGAUCCCAUAUUGACUUUGCUGAGAAUCGUUGGAAGUUGGCAGAAAUCCUCUACUACAAAAUCCUGGAGAACGUCCUGGUUCAGGAGACCAAGCGGCUGCAGGGCAGAGACAUGAGCGUUUUGCUCGAACAGGACAUCUUCCACUGCUCUCUGAUGGCGUGCUGUUUGGAGGUGGUGUUGUUCUCCUACAGCUCCCAGAGGACCUUCCCUUGGAUCAUCACAAUCUUCAAAUUGGCCCCAUUUUACUUCUUUAAGGUGAUCGAGGUGUUUAUCCGCUCUGAGGAAGGCCUUUCCCGUGACAUGGUGAAGCAUCUGAACUCCAUAGAGGAGCAGGUUCUGGAGAGCCGAGCCUGGACCUCUGAUUCUGCUCUGUGGAGCGCCUUGGAGGCGGCUGGGAAUAAAGUCCCCACAGUGGAGGAGGUGAACUUCUCCUCUUGUCUGGAUACGGGUUCUGGUUCCGGUUCCGGCUCCACUAAUGCUCAGUCUCACCUGCCGCUGGUGGCCCACUCUCCCAUCAUCCACCCUCGGAUCAGGGAGUUCAGGUCGGGUCUGGGGAGCACACGUAAAGAAGUGCCUCCUUCUCCGCUCUCGGUCCACGACAGAUACAGCUCUCCUGCAGCCGGGAGCGCCAAACGGAGGCUAUUCGGCGAUGACCCGCCAGCGACCUCCGCAGGCCUGAGCAUCAGCGGGAGCCCGCUGCCAUCUCCUGUCAAGAGGCUGACGUUUGGGACAAGCAGCAGCGUCCAGAAGACCGGAGCCCCGGGAAACCAAACCACGGUGCUCAGUAUCCCGCUGCAAGGUGAGCGCACCUUUACGCUGAUCCCAGUCCAGCAGUGUGACCCCUCCGGCGUGGUCACAGCUCAGUUCCUUCUCACCUCCUCCCCGAGUCGAGGAGCCGUGGCCGCCCCCGCCUCCGGCGCCGAAGCCCAGUCAGGAAACGGGCGGCCGCGGCGCACCGGGUCCCUCGCUCUGUUCUUCAGGAAGGUGUAUCACCUGGCCAGCGUUCGUCUGAGGGAUCUGUGUCUGAAGCUGGACAUCUCACCUGAGCUGAGAGGGAAAAUCUGGACGUGUUUUGAGCACGCGUUGGUCCACUGCACUGACCUGAUGAAGGACCGCCAUCUGGACCAGCUCCUGCUCUGCUGUAUCUACAUAAUAUCCAAGAUCACCAAAGAGACUCACACCUUCCAGGACAUCAUGAAGUGUUACCGCAGCCAACCACAAGCCAGCAGCCACGUGUACCGCAGCGUCUUACUGCGUCGGACUCCCAGAGAGCAGCCAGCUGAUGAAAACAUGGAGGUGGACUCUGCGUCUGGUGGAGAAUCUGCAGAGAAAGCCAGUCAGCGUCCAGCCGAAAGAAAGUCGGACCAAUCAGAGGAGGAGGAGGAGCGUGGUGACCUCAUCCAGUUUUAUAACACCGUGUUCGUGCUGAAGAUGAAGAGCUUCGCUCUGCGAUACGUCGCUAACGAUAACCGGGCGGACGCUCCCCCGCUUUCUCCGUUCCCUUCGGUCCGGGCUCAGCCUCUGUCGCCCCGCCGGGUCAGCCAGAGGCACUCGCUGUACGUUUCGCCUCACAAGAACUCUGUGGGCUCUCUCACGCCGAACUCGUACACGUACAGGAUCAACAACAGUCCGUCAAAGGAGCUGUCCGACAUAAACCGGAUGAUCCGCCAGGGUUCGGUCAGCAGGAAGAGGGCCUUCAACAUAGAGGGAGACGUGAUGAUGUCACUAGCGUGCGACUCCCCCAGUAAGAGGUCGUGUCCGGAGAACGGCAGCAGUCCGGACGUGCUGCUGAAGCGUCUUCAGGACGUGGUGUCUGAGCGGCAGAGUCGCUGACCAGCCUCCAAAUAAAAGACUCAAAGCAGCAGUUACGCACGGAGGCGUCUUCCCACGGUUUCCUUUAGCAUUUAGAGCUUUUCUGUUACCAAACAAGUUCUGAUCGUUACCGACUUCAAAAGAUGAGAGGUUUGGGCGACUGAAGGAACAUCAACCGUUCUGCUCCUCAGACGCUCCUCUUUAGGGUUAUUUCUACUCUUUUUAAACCUGACGGAGAGUCGGAUCCACCGAUGUCUGUUUUAGAUUCAUGUCUAUCAAUGGCUAAAUACGCCAGAACGGCUUCUGCAAUUACAAAAAACAAAAAAAAACUGAUUUGAUUUUGUUUUAAUCGUUAGUUUUUGUUUAUUCCGCUUUAGAGUUUAUAUAUGUUAGAAAACGAGGUCAGCUCCCAAUCGUUAUCUAACUGGAAAACUUUGGUUUCAGGGAGCCUCCAGCUGUUGACCUCCCCUCCAGGUCAGGGUUUUAAGUCUCUUCUCUCUGCUGGAUCUUUCUGUUUGUUUCUUUCCAGAACGAAGCUCUUACCGGUAAUUUUCAUUUAGAUUUUUGCUGCCAAUAAGAGAAAAAUAAAGGUGCAGCUCUCUGCUCUGCUUGGACGUGCAUCGGUUCGGAUGCCAUGUUUAUGGGACGCGUCUCUGCAGCAGUGAGGUGUUUUUAUUUGCUGAUUAUUUCCUCUGUUACUCUGACACUUCUAUUUAAGCAGUAUAGAGUCAAAAUACAAAUAGUUCUUUUAGAAAUGUGAUUUCUUAGGCAUUAAAGAGGCUCCUGGUUGAUUCGUGGAAGUACCAGACCUUCAUUUUUCGUUUUUGAAGAGAUCAUGCAGAGCACAUCUCUUCUUUAAAUCUGUUCUACUUAAAAACAUCUAAAUAACUUUAUAUCAGAUGAUAAAGUUAGGGUUUAUUUUUGGGAACGUUUAUUAAAACCCAAAUUGUUUAUAGAUUCUUCCACCAUCUGAUCUUUCCACUAUUUAAAAAACCCAACAUAAAAUCAAGUUUUAGAAUAUUGUGUUUUACUUGUUUUUAAUGAGGUUUUGAGCGCUUUGCUAAUGGCUAGCUGGUCAUCGUGGGUGUGUAGCAUCUACACAUCGACUUCCUCCUCUAUCAGCGCUGCUGUCAGAGAAAACUUUAUAGUUUUAUCCCACUUAAUGUUAAAAAAGAAAUAGUUUUGUAAAUUGUAACAAGAUGCAGUAUUGUUUGUGACCGUUGUUUCCUGCAAACAUUUAGUUUUGUAAAAUAAAAAACAUCU